AUGCACGAUAGUGAGUUUAGCUGUAAGUCUGUUAAAUCAUGGAGAUUGGUGACCUUGCAAGAAUAUCAGUAUUGCUGGCUGUAGUAGUUAUAUUUACAUUCUCCAUCUUAGUGGAUGUAUGGAAAGCAUAUAGUAGGAAAGCCCAUUGGGUUCCUUCUCAUUACCUUGUGCUUAGUGCUUUUAUUAUCCAGCUGCUUAGCUUACUUUGUGGGCAGAGUACAUUGUCCAAGGACGCACUGGGUAAGGCGGGCAAUGUGCUAAAGCAUGACUUGUGGAUGAUCCAUAGUAGCCGAGUCAUGUUGUGUGUGGUGAUGGCAUACUUAAUGCCAAGUAUGGCUGCCAGGGGCUCCAUAGAGUUUUGGGGCAAAUUGAGCGCUUUGGGAAUUACAAUCGUCCUGCAAAUGAGCUCUGAAUUAUACAGAGUCUAUCUCCAUGCAAAAACUCACAAUGUGAUAUGGUCUGGAAGGAAGGUUACGAGUGAGCAUGCCUUCGUUGGAUCGGCAAUCAUAAUAACCAUUUCCUUCGUACUCCUCCUCCUCCUCCUGGCCUGCGCCCACUUCGCCAGCCUAGGCAUCCAGGUUAUUUUUUCUCAAAAGAUUCCUUUGAUUCUACCGCCAGAAAGGGAUGCUGACGUAAAGCAAUGGAGGUGGCGUGAUGUUGAAGAUAAAGUGCUGAAAGCAUGGAUUGUUGCUCGGGCUUACACUCCUGAAUUUAUAAUUGCAAAGUCACCGUUGAGCUCUUCUGCUGCAGUCAUGCUGUGGCUUCUAAUUGGGAGUUCAAUGAUAGGAUGGUUUAUGAGUGGUCCAUCUCUUAAGACACAUGGAACCUUUAAUCUGUUGAAGUUGGCAGUGACUUUUCUACAAGUUGCGUUCAUCCUCAUAGGCUGGGUAAUCGUGACAUGGAGAUCUGGAAUAGCUGCAGGAUAUUACCUAAAAUGGCAUUCAGAGACCUGGCGGACCAUUUGUAAAGUCGAAGAUUUUUGGACAAGGCACAUUAAAGAUUUGAUAAGGGCUAAAGAGCUGAAGCUUCUGCCUGAAGAAAGGCUUGAUACAGAAGUUCACAAGCUUGUCGUCAAGCAAACAACAAAAAACCAGAUCCCAAGGAUGUUCUUGUAUUUGAUGAUGAUGGUACAAUGGCUAACGGUAUCCUUCAGCAAACUAUGUUGGAUCAUCUCUGUUAGCUUUUUUCAAAGUAGAUGCAUGUCCGGUUUGUGUUGCAUACUGCCCAAGCAAAGUGCAAAGGAAUUCGAGAAGUUCUCAAAUUAUUAAAAGGUUUUGGAAGGCCUAGAGAUGCUGGAUGAGACUCGAGAAAGCCUGUGGAUAGCUAAUAAAAGGUCCAUUGCAAAAGCAAAGGAUCUUAUCACACAUGGCAAUCAUGAUGGGGAAACUAGUUGUAAAGAGUUGGUUGCUUUGCUGGCACGUAGAAAGGAGAGAGAUGGUUUAGAUCUUAGCAGUUUCGAUCCUAAAGAGGCUGCAGGAGGAUUCAAGUACUUAUGGCAGAUGACUUCUAUUGAGGAUUGUAAGCCCUUAGAAGUUGAGAAACAGUUUGUAGAGGCCACUAAAACAUCUUGGAAAAUGACAGCAGUUUCCUUGAUUAGUAUCAUUAUCCAUCUCUCUCCAGUCUGUAAUUCAUCAGAAUGCUCUGACGCUUCUGGUAAUACUUCUCAUGAUUUUCCUCCCAAAGAGGUAAAGGAUUCUCUAAAGGCAUACUCUCAAGCAUGGGAAAUACUAGAUUUUGUUGAUGCCCAUGAAGAUAACCGCAUCACGUGUAAGGCCGCAGAUGAACUCUUCAUUACUCUGGAAACAAGUGUGGAUAAAGGGGUUCUUCCCCCGAGAAGAAUUUUUCAUGCAACAUCUGAAUGCUCAUUUAUAGCAAUUGAUGAGCUUGCAGAGCAAAGUAAAAGGAAAGUAUAUAAUCCCAGGGGUUUGGAUAUUAUAUCGGCCAUGGUUAAUAGACUUGGACUAAAAAGUAAGGUGGAGAAGACAAAGGCUGAGGGUGGAGAUUUGGAGAGCGGAGGAGCGUAUGAUUCCAUGGACUGGAAGGAAGUUGCAGGGGGAAAUGCUGUGUACAAGCUAUGCAAAAGUAUUGCUCGCAACUAUAAUGCUGAUACCCGGGAAUUGUUAGAGGAGUUGCAAUUGGCGUUAGCAGACAUUAUAUAUGCUUCCAUUGCAAAAGCCAAGCUCAUCAUAGUUGAAAGAACUAGUAAAUGGGCGAAACAGUCUGAUGAAAAUAGCAUAGCUAGAGCACUUUAUAUAACAGGAAAAGCAACGGCGCUGAUGAAAGAGGUGAAACGCUUAGAGAAACGCAAGACCACAAUUCCACCUCGUUAUUAUUAGGGUACAUUGUCCAAGUUUUUUCCCUCUGUUUUGGUUUUAGUUUUGUGGGAUGGGUUGUAUAAGACUAUGGAUUAAUGUCCAUGUUUAGUGAUCAUUUAUGAUGAUAGAAGAAAGUUUGAUAAAAAAGUGUGUUAAAAAUAAAUGUUUAUAAUGAUAGAAGAAAGUUGAUAAGAAAAAAGUUCAUAAGAAAAAAGUUGUUAAUAAUAUAUGUUUAUACCCGUUCAAACUUUCCGUUCCCUUAUCAAUAUUCUUUUCCAUAAACAUUUGCCAUUACUAUCAGUGGUUAGUUGGAGUUAGCAGCUCAGCCCAUAAACCAACUAUAUGAAAUUUAAAUUUGAUGUUCCCCGCCCUGCAGAUGAUGGGAUGUGAUCAUUCCCAAAAAUGUACAUUGUUAAUGAAGGGAAAAGUUUUGAUUUCAAACUUGAA